AUGGGACGAUUCAAUGACCGUGUAAGGCGAUACCUUGCCGUACUUGUCCGUAUCACCGGCGCCAAGAAGGAAAAGCCGAAACACGACACCGAGGUCGACACCAAAGUCGACUGCUGCACGUGCUGCCAUGGUCUCAAAGCCCAUACAGCUCCUGAACAUAAACCGACAGUAGCGGCCAAAAAUGGAUGGAAGUAUCGCCCAAAUGCCGAGUUCCCCUGGAGAUUCGAGCAGAUGGUUGAGAGGGAAGAGAACUGGCGCGGAACCUGGGUCCUGGAAGUGAAGGACCUGCAGGCGAUGGACUGGGGCACUACCCGCGUGUCCAAGGCCGAUAGUAACAGAGUAGGGCGGUAUCAGAGACAGCCGACGCGCCAUUUGCCUUUUCCGAUCGAUGGAGAUGGGUACCGAGAGACGUUGAUCGGAGGCCAGGACGACCUGAUGGUGCAGCUUGGGAAGUGA